UGUGUGUUGUUGUUGAAGCAAUGAUGGCGGCAGCGGGAUGCGGAUCAGCAACCGCGGCUGCCGUAGGAGGCCAAGGUGGAACCGCUACGGCCAGAGGUCGUUUCCCCGGUCGGCCUUGGUCGUCACGCAGUCGUUUGCGCUCCGAGAAGCGAUGGCAACUCGGACGAUCAGGCUUAGAAGCUGAUGAUGUGACUAACGGAGGGCCAAGGCCCGCAAACCUGGUUCUAUCGUUAAACGAAGACCAGUCUCACUUGCGCUUACUUGGGAUAGAGGCGAGCCACCAGACCCUUGGCCAGGCUGGAUACAGCUCUAGUGGGAGUGAAGAGGUGAGGUCCCAAACCGAACCAGGAGGAGAUGACUUCAGAGGAUUUGAAGCUGAGAGAAAAAGCUUCAAAGGACCUGUAUGGUCACGACAAAACCCUUCCAAAGGUGAUGCUGUCAACACAAAAUCUAAACGACAAAGUGAGAAGCUACCGCUUAAAACGCCAGCAGCAGACGCAGAUAUUACCCCACCUGAUCCUGUAAAGGAUGUAAAAUCUUUGAAAGAAACGCAUGGCUUAACUCCUGAAGCAGAGCCUGCAAAGGAUCGCAGGAAAGGUUCAAAACGAAAAAACACUAUGGAUCGACAGUCCACUAAAAGCGGAGCCUCAUCAGCAGCACCAAGGAUUACUAUUAAGUUGGUGGCCAAAAAGAAAAUGAAAACCAUAAAGGAGCCUCAUAAAAAAUCUGCUAAGAAGCUGAAGGUAAAAGGAAUCGAGGAUCAGCCUAAAGCCAAGGACAUUCAGGGUGACCAGAUUUCCAGUGCUCAUGUCAAAUUAAAAACUGAACCUCAUGAGGAUAAACAUGGCACAGAAGAUAAGGGAGGGGGGACUGUACCUGGAAGAAGGCGUGGGAGAUCUGCUUCAAAGACAACAGAGCCAGUCUGCCAGACUGGCGCCAAAGUUGUGGUUGAAGACCAAAAAUCAAAAGAGAGAAAAUCAGCUGAUCAACUUGACACUGUAAAGGAGAGCGAGGCUGUGGAGCCAAAAAGGAAUGCAAUGAAACUAAAGCAUAAGGAAACUGUGUCAGACCAAGGUUCUGAAGUUAAUCAGCAAGUCAUUCGCAGAAGCAAUAGAGUCACCACCCCACUGAGUAAAAAAGUCUCAGGCAGUGCAGCUGAACCAGAAAGUCUGAGUAAAAGUGAUGCCCAUCUGGUGGAGUCAAAGCCGGAAGUUUCUCAAACAGUGGAGACCAGGCCAUCAGCGAGGAAGGACAGACGAAGGCAAAGCAAGAGGUUGAAUAAGGAUACUACAGUGCCAGAAAACCACGGCCCAUCACCCACAGAGACUGAUCAUUUAGCUGCGCAAUCCAAGGACAGUUUGCCUUUUAAAAAUGAGGAAAUGCGGGUCCCGAGUUUAAAGUUGAAGAAGAUCAGAAAUCCAAAAUAUGAUCCACAGGGCAGUGGGAAGAACUCAACUCGAAAGAAAAAACAGAGAAAAAAAUUUAUCUGGACUUUAACAUUAGUGAAGGGAGAAAGUCAGACACAUAGUUCUGAAAACACUGUCAAAGUAACAGAGAAGACUGUGAGUGAAGUGGAUCAGUCCACUUUUUUUGACACGAGUGUCAAGAAGAGUGUGAUGGUGAUGGAUAAAAAAUCAAAACCAGAUAAUUCAGCCCCACAGGAGAGUAAAAGCUUGGACAAUAAUGAGAAAAAUUCCCAAAACAAGGCUGAUGUGUCAGUUGAGGAAAAGUCCACUUUGCAGGUAGAAGUUGAAGUGGAACAUGAAAAUGAAACACCUCCUCAAGAAGUGACUAAAAUGGAUUGCGGGAAAAUUCCACCUCUUCAGAUCAAAAAGGUCUCCUCUCCUGGGAAACAUAAAAGCUCAAAACCAUCCUUUUUAAUUCAGCAAGUUAGUCCUGUGUCUGAAAAGAAAGAGGAUGUCCUGAAAGAUCUAAGUGAAAUUAGUGAGGAUAAAUCAUCAUGUCUGAAUACUGAAGUCACACCAACCAGGAGACUAAGGAGGAGGACAUUAAGCUUUGAUUCACCACAAACAAAGUCUGUCAGUCAGAAGCCAGUGCCCACUCAGAAACGGAGGCUUAGAACGAGUUCACAGGAUGAAGAUACACAGCAGGUGCAUGUCGAAGAUUCCUUUCAGGCAUCAACUGGAGAUUCCAGCUCACAUGGUCUUCCUAAAAACUCCAUUCAGGAUUUGGCUGAGGAACCCUCACUGAUGACCAGUGUAAACUCCACUGAAGUUCCUCAUGAGGAUUCCUCAAAGAUUGCUGAGGAUUCCUCAAAGAUCACCGAGGAUUCCUCAAAGAUUGCUGAGGAUUCCUUAAGGGUCGCCAAGGAUUCCUCAAAUUACGCCAAGGAUUCCUCAGAGAUUGCUGAGGAUUCUUCAAAGAUCGCAGAGGAUUCUUCAAAGAUUGCAGAGGAUUCCUCAAAGAUCGCUGAUGAUUCCUCAAAGAUCGCUGAGGAUUCCGUAAAGAUUGCAGAGGAUUCCUUAAAGAUUGCUGAUGAUCCCUCACCAGUGCCAGUUGAAGUUUCUCCACCAAAUGUGGACAGUGAGGUAGAACCACAGAUCAAAGAGGCCAAACCAUUAUCUGUGCCUUCUAAACCUAAAAGAUGUAGAAAUAAUAAACUAGGGAAAAAGAGGUCUGUUCAAAGGAAGAAGCCUGUUGUUGUUCCUGAAACUGCUGUCAGUGCAGAGUUGGCUACAGUUGAAGCUACUAUCGCAGAUGUACUAAAGGAAGAUGCUCAGCCUUUAGUAACAAAAGUCAGUCAGCCAGAAACAAAAGAUUGCACCCAGCCUGAGGCAAAACAGGACAAUGUGUCAGUGGAAGAAGAGCGGAUACAGCUACUGGUAAAAGAGGAAACCGACAUUCAGUUGAUAGAUAGUCAGCCAGCUUUGGUGGAAGAAAGUCAAGUAAGCGAUCCAAAAACACUGUGCCUACAAAAGAAAUCUCUGAAAAAAGUAAAAAAGAGGCGUAAAAGUUUGAUUGGGCAGCGUCAGAAACACAGACACAGGGGCAGGGAUGGGAAGUUUGCUCCACUUAAAAUAUCUGAAAGUCAGAAAAUUGUUGAGGGGGACAGUGAUAUUUCCACUUCAUUGGCAGCUAUUACACCGACCCCAAGCCCCAAACUUAUUGGAGUACAAAAAAAGUGCAAAAAAAGACUCACAGGACUUCAUUUUCUUGGGUCGAAAAGGCCAAAACCACAGUCUAAAAUCAUUACUAAACUGAUGGAAAUGGGGCUUGACAAUGAAGGUUUGAAGCAGGAGGAAACAGACACAUUAGUUGAUGGAGGACGAGCAGAUGUUGUAGAUGCCCAGCCUGGUAAAUCAAAGUUUGUGAAAAACAUCAAGCACUUCAUUAUGCCUGUUGUAAGUGCCAGAUCCUCACGAGUGAUCAAGACCCCGCAAAGGUUCAUGGAUGAUGCUGGAAUGUCGGUAUUGCCUCGAAGAAACUCACCAAAGAAGGGUUUACAAUUGGGCUUGCAGAUGCGCCCCGUAAAGAGGCGAGAUGACGGGAUGGGCAGAGCAAUAUCCCCUAUCCUGCCGGUUGACGAGGAGGACAUUUUGAGUGAAGCUCAACUGGAUGUCGAUCUGUUUUCAGCUCAGGACCUUGAUGACGACAUUGACAUAGCUGACAGCCUAUUUUCAGAGAAAAAAAGUGGCAAAAUUGAAAAGAAGAAGUCUCUAAAGAACUCUGCUUUCAAGUGGCAGUUGCCAGAAGAGUCGCUAGAGGACGUGUAUACACUGGACAAAACCUCAGAGGACAAAUAUGAGGAUCUGUUUCUAUCUACACCAGUUGAUAAGCCCACAGAUCUAUCUACUGACCUCCUGGAUGCCCAGAAAAAGAAAAAUUCCCCUAAGUUCAAUAAACAAGCGGCUCACCUCAAGAUUUAUCAAAGGCUAAAGAAGGCACACACGGGUCUUCCAAAAAGCAAGACCACAACAGAGACGGAUAGUGUGAGCAAACCUCUUCAGCCUCCAGUUGAUUUAGCAGAAGGACUUGAUGAUGAGGCCAUGAGCAUCAGCCUUAGGCAGCGGAAUACAAAUGCAGAAAAGGGCAAAUCCAAGCUUAAGAUAGAAGACCUUGAUUCUCCUGGAGUGGUGAGAAAAGUUUCUGUGUGUGUUAGAACUAUGAACUCCAAGUCUAGUGCAUUUCAGCACGGAAAAGAGGAGGGUUUAGCAGGGAAAGACACUGCCCAGCAUCACUCAGGAGAGCUGCAGUCAGAAAAGAACUCAGGCGCAGGUGAAGGCGGUUUUCCUGGAUCUGUGGAGAAGGGAGCUUCACAAAGAGCGCGCCUCACCGGUGCAAAUAAAAGAAUGUUUAAUCUCCUCAGGAAAGCCAAGGUCCAACUCAUCAAGAUUGACCAGCAGAAACAGCUUAAAUCAUCUGGGUUGUUAUCUGGCCCGACUGGCGCCAGGUCUCGAGACGUGACCUCUAAGAGGCAAAGGAGGAAACAAAAGGUUAAGCUUGAUGCUGAUGUUCCAGUCAAGAUAGAACCACCUCAAGGACAACCGCAGCUCAUCUCCCCGCUGUGUCAGGAGUUCCGUAGAGCAGGAGGUCCACGCAUCAAGCAUGUGUGUCGUGCUGCAUCCGUGGUGCUGGGGCAGCCUCGAGCCUUGGUACCAGAUGACAUUCCCAGACUGAGUGCUUUGCCUCUGCAUGAAAGAACUGGCAUUUCCCCUUCAGCCAUCCCUAAAGAUAUUGGGUCUCCCUCUGAAUCAGACAGUCCCGGGCUGUCAGAUCCUAAGGUCACCAAGGUCAAGAAGCCGUCGAACUUUGUGAAACGGAAAGGACUCGGGCCAUUUGGAUAUCGCUCACGGAGGUGUGGAGUAUGCAAAGGCUGCAACCACGAGGAUGAUUGUGGCAAGUGCAUGAACUGCCUCGACAAACCCAAGUUUGGUGGUCCCAAUACCAAACGGCAGUGUUGCGUGUAUAAGAGAUGUGAUCAAAUUGAGGAGAGAAAAGCACGCAGACUAAGUGGGAGGACAGCACCCAAAGGUGCCUCCAAGCGACGGCGAUCCUCUCUCAGCGGGGGUCAUUCAAGUAAUGAUGAAGGGAACGAGGGUGCUGUGGACUCACCAUCUGGUCUUCAGGGCGACGGUCACAGUCCAUCGGUAAGGAAGCAGCCAAAGCGUGUUGUGAAGCCUCGCGUCUACUUUGACCUGGUGGACUACGACUCCGAUCUCGAUGACAAAGCUUUUUCAAGCUCUGCCUCGCCAGCCAGGAGAAGGGGCACUGGAUCCCGUUUUAGUCAAGACUUUGUGUCGUUGGAUGGAUUCCUUGGAGACAUUUCAGAUGAAGAAGUCAGGCAUCGAAAGUCCAGUUCACACCGUGUACCGCCUGUUCGACGUAAACCUGAGAAGGGUCUGUCAUCUCAGGGUCCUUUGGAGCAGACUCCUCCCAGUGUCCUGGCUGCCCUGGCCCAUGGAUAUGAGCAGAGAGAGGCUGAGUCUUCGAAACCUACUCAUAAAAUCAGGGUUGACUUCAAGGAGGACUGUACUCUGGAAAACGUCUGGAAUAUGGGUGGUUUGAGUAUAUUGACCUCUGCACCGCUUAUGCCACCCUAUGUCUGCUUCCUUUGUGCCAGUAAAGGGCAACAUGAGAUGCUGUAUUGCCAAGUAUGCUGUGAGCCCUUCCACCAGUUUUGCCUUGAACCAGCUGAUCGCCCCUCCGAGGAGAACAAAGAAAACUGGUGCUGCCGUCGCUGCAAGUUUUGUCACGUGUGUGGCAGGAAAAAUAAGCACUCAAAGCCAUUGUUGGAGUGUGAACGUUGCCAGAACUGUUAUCAUCCUUCGUGUCUGGGGCCUAACUAUCCAAAGCAAAACAAGAAGAGGAAAGCUUGGGUUUGUAUGACAUGUAUCAGGUGUAAAAGCUGUGGCGUCACACCAGGGAAGAGUUGGGACACUGACUGGAACCAUGAAAAAGGACUUUGUCCAGACUGUUCAAAACUCUAUGAACUGGGUAACUACUGUCCGAUCUGCUUCAAGUGCUAUGAGGACAAUGACUAUGACAGUCAGAUGAUGCAGUGUGGCACAUGUAACCACUGGGUACAUGCCAAGUGUGAGGAUCUAACAGAUGAGCUAUAUGAGAUCCUGUCCAGUUUGCCAGAGAGUGUGGUGUACUCAUGUCGGCCAUGCAGUGUGACCCAGCCCAGUGCCUGGAGAGAGCUGCUCUACAUUGAGCUCAGAGCCGGGGUGGAGAAGGUGCUGGCUUGCUUGCUAUCCUCCACCCUUACCCAGCACCUUGUUGCCUGCUCACAGUGUGAAAAGUUGGUUGAUCCUGACAGUGGAAUUGAAGGACAGCCAGCCUGUGACCUCCGAGCUGUAGGCAAGAAGUUUGACAAAGGCCUUUAUACCACGUUGAAAAUGUUCCAUGAAGAUGUGGUUCAGGUGGUGCGAAAGAGGCUUGAGCAAGAGGAGGAUCUUCCAGAGGAGCAGAGACCAACUGCCUUGGCACGCUCUUACUACUUAAAGCUCCUCGAGGAAGUGUUUAAUUGGUUCAACAGCCAAGACCCAAAGGUGUGGAACCCUUGUACCAAAGACUUGCCCAUGGGGAUGCUGUCCCAAGCUGUUCACCCUCCUACCACAGAGCAUGUUUACGCCCAGUGGCAGGAGAGGGAGAGGGUCUCAUCCAGGGCUCCCCUGGGGCUCCUGCAGGAGGACAACGGACAAAGCUUAGAUGUAAAGGAAGAAGAGGCAGUUUCUCCGUUGUCUGGGGAGCCAACAAGCCGAAACCACUUCAAAACCAGCAGGGCUGUCAGGCUCAAAUUCAAAGGGAAAAGGGGCCGCCUUUCAAAAGCUGAUUUAGACACUGGAUGGUCUAAGGAUGAUGAGAGACAGUGCUCUUUGUGCCAAAAGUAUGGUGACCUCAAACCUAAUGAAGCAGGCAGGUUGCUUUACUUGGGCCAGAAUGAAUGGGCACAUGUCAACUGCAGUCUGUGGUCAGCUGAGGUGUUUGAAGAGGACAAUGGCUCUCUGCUGCAUGUACACAGUGCUGUCACAAGGGGCCGACUGAUGCGAUGUGAACGCUGCAACCAGACGGGUGCCACGGUGGGCUGCUGUCUGACAUCGUGUCAAAGCAACUAUCACUUCAUGUGAGCUCGCUCCCGUCACUGUGUGUUCCAGGACGAUAAGAAGGUCUACUGCUACAAACACCGACAUCUCAUCAGUGGGAGGAUGAUUACUGGUCAAGAAUUUGAAGUAAACCGCAGGGUUUAUGUAGACUUUGAGGGCAUCAGUCCCCGCAGAAAGUUCUUGACCGGCCUGGAACCAGAAUUAAUCAACUUGAUGAUUGGUUCCUUACAGAUAGACCAACUGGGCAUGCUGACAGAACUUUCAGCUUGCAAAGGAAAACUGUUUCCUGUGGGGUUUCAGUGUACUCGUUGGUACUGGAGUACAGUCAAUCCCAUGCGCCGGUGCAAAUACACAUGCACUGUGCGAGAGGUUCGGCCCACUGUCCCUGAGAAGCCAGUCGAGGAGAUGCCUGACCAGGGAGACAAUCACACCAUUGCUCACAGUCCCUGUCCACUGCCUGAAUCUGAAGCCCAGGAGACUGACAUAACAGAACCCCAACCCCCAACAGAGGAAAACUUACUCCCAGGACCUAACCCCAAGUCAGAUCAUGGUGCAAGGCCAAAGAUUCCCAGGAGACCAGCUGGAGGAAUGUCCCGACCUCUGCCAUCCCCAGGAGCACUCCAGUUGAAACCCCACCACAUAUUAACCAUAAGUGAUCUGGAGGAUACUCGAAGGGUUCGUCGCCACAGCCCACACCUGCAGACAACGGGCCUCCGCAGUCACAUGCCUCCCCCUCCUCUGGGCCCUCUGCCUGGACCGAUCACCCUCCGAGCUGGAAAGUCUUCCCUCUCCACUUCUCCGCUGUUCCCACUCAGUGCUCCAGACAACCUGUUAAAUUCUCCAUCGUCCCGCUCAGGCGGAGGUAGAAGUGCUUCCGCAGCCCGAUGCCCUGGAAAUACAAUGACUCAAUGUACCUCAUCUUUCUUUCCUCAGUCUCCCUGGCAGGACAGUGCGGCAAGCUUUCCCUCUCCAAGUCUGUCUUUCUCUCCAUCCAUACAGCAUCUACCCAGAAAUCGAUUUUCAUUUGAUCUGAACCAGCCAGAGUCAGUGGAGGUGCCGCACAACUUCUUAGCUUCACCAGAACCUGAAGAUGUCUCUCCAGCAAAUGGUACAUCACCCCAGGGGGAUUUAGACCAACAGAAGGAUGAAGAGGAAUUCCCUUACAGUUCAUUCCACAAGGAUCCCAACAUGAGUCUGGGCCAAGAGAUGAGGACAGAACUGGAAAUUGAAGAGACACUCCUGAGUGAAGGUGUGGCAAUGAACUGUGGGGGACAAAUAGUGGUAGAAGGCGAUGAUCAGGAGGAAUUUUGGGGAAGAACCCAAGAGGUACACAAGCGAAAGACUCUCAUUGCUAACCUGCCACGGUCUGCAGCCUCAGCCAGGGAUGACUUAGGCAACACCUCUUCUGAUGAUGAUAUGGAGCACUAUUUUGAUUUCUCGCGGACAAUAGUCAGCUGUCCCGGAUCAAAAGAUUCCAGAUCUCCCUCCUCCCCCUCUUCCCGGCCUAUGACUCAGCUGGAUGGUGUAGAUGACGGUACAGAGAGUGAUGCAAGUAUAGCGACCAACGAUGAUGCUCAGAAAGCUGAGGGUUCUACUCAAGCUCAGAUACAAGCCAAAAGCCUAAAUAAUAAAAAUGUCCCUCAAUCGGACGCUGCAAACAGCACACAGGCUGUUCAGAGCUUGUUUCCCAAAGCAUCAUCCAGUCAAAAGCACAGUGAAUCUUCAUCAGACAGCAUCUCUGUUGCCAGCAAAAGUUCUACGGAUACUUCACCGCGAGGUACAUCUAAAUCCCAUGAUGCCAGCCAAUCAAACGAAGACAACAUGUUAUUUGUUUCUCCACAAAUUUCCGGGAACCCUCCAGUAAAAGAGCAAAGCUCUGACACUCCUUUAGUAAAUCAGGAGACCGUGCUUCCAACUCCAUUUCGUGAUGCUCUGCCUAACUUACUCACAAAGGUGCCUGAGACCUCCUUUUCAGAGGAGUUAUUCCAGGGUUCAAGUUUAGGUUUUGCCUCUGGAACACCUCUUCUUCUUGAGAGAUGUGACACAAAUCCACAUUUAACUGAGAUGGUUCCUUUGCUUGAAGGUACACUGCUUGAGACCCAACAGUCUGAAGCUCGUAAACCCCUGAACUCAGAGCCUGACAGCAGCUACUCCACGGUAUUGAACCACCGAACGGCAAAUACAAUGGAACCCUCAUUAGCCGAUUCUGCUGAUAACAGUCAGGGUGCCCUGCUGGAUCUUCUUCAGCCUUCCCCUGUAGUGUCCACGGAUGUUCAAAACCCUUCUCAAGGCCUCGUAGACUCUCUGCAGAUGUAUUCCUGUUUCAGUCAGCCCCCUAUAACAAGUAUUACACUUCAGCCAGUAACAUCCUCGCAAGAGGCAACAACCUUCCCAUCCAUGGGGCCUUUGUCUACCAAACUUACUACCCUCAGUACCGUUGGAGACAUGACUCAAACACUGCUAAACGUUGCCCCUCAGAACGAUCCAGUGCUAUCAGCUACAUCAGGCACUUGCCCCCCAGCAGGAACAUGUGCAACAGUGUCUCUCCCUAUCUUCUCCACACAAACACAGCCAUUGGGUUCCACAGCUGUCACCAUUGUUUCUUCUUCUGCAUCACUAUCGUCUCUGUCUGGGCUGUCGACACACUGUCCAACAGCUCCAACGCCAGGCCAAACCACCUCAGCCCCUGUGAUCUUAAAUGGUUAUAGCUCUUCAUCUGUGCAGAAGGAAGCUACAUCAGGUCACACUAUCUCCAUCAACUUUUCUACACCCAGGCCAGCUUUAGAACCGCAGCAGCCAGUGGUUCCCCAGGCUUUACCUGGACAUGCUAUUCUUACUGUGAAGGAGGUGGGAGGUCCAAAUGUGGACCCCACACCACAUGUCCUGCUGGUGAACCGCCUCGGGCAGAUCUUCGUCAAGAACCCAGAAAGCAACACUUUCCAGUUGCCCACUCCCACCUCUCCCUCCUACAACUGUGUCACUCAGAUAGCCAGCCUUUUACAGAGCAACGCACUGUCAGCCACACUAGCAGCAGCUGGUAAUAUGUCUGCUCCAACUGCCGGGGCCAACGUUGCAACAGCAGUUCCUCCGUUGGUUACACCCACAGUUCAGAAUCCAACCACAAUUACACAGCUGCUCACUCACAAUAGCAAAGGUGCAGUGGCGUCAGCUAAUGCGAAGAAGUCGAGAAAGAGUGCAAAAACACCAAAAGAUGAAACCAAUCCGGAGCUGAAAAAAGCAAAGAAGAAGAAGGAUUCCAGUGCAUCCAGAAAAUCCAAGUAAUCCAAGGCCUCAGGGCAGCCUGCUCCACCUACUGAGACUCCUCCCAUGACUCCUGCAGAGAGUGCUCAAGCAAUUAUCAAUCAAGCAAUGGCGAGUAACUACACCCCCAAGUGGAGUGGGCUUCGAACCCUAAGCCCUUCCUCACUGGUUUUACCACCUGACCUGUUAAUUGAACCGGAGCCUCCGGGGUUGGAGCCUUGCCCUCCAUCAGUAUCACCAGCACCAGCUCCCGCACCCCGGCCUCGCACCCACGUCCGCAUGAAGAGAGUGUCUUCGCUUUCAGACCGCAUUGUCACAAAGAAGUCUAAAGUUGACUUCCUAAAACCAGAGCCCCUCAGUGAGGAUGAGGAGCGACGCAGACCUGUCUUCCCGAGCAUCUCCAGCAGGGCUUCAGGAGUCCGCAUCAAGACCCCAACAGUGAAAGGAGUGCUGAACCUGGACCAGUUAAAGGAGGAGCGUAUGAGUGAUUCUGAUAGCUCAGGAUCAGAGCCGUGGGAUUAUAUGUCUCGUGGUGAGCAAGGCAAACAACAGGCAUGGGAACCAGUGGGACACAGCACCCUGACUGACUGGAAGAAAUACUCUGGCGCUGCUUCUACCUCAGAUGAUGAAUCACCACCAUCUGACCAGGAUGAGGAAUCUCCGAUCAACAGAGACCAGCCACACUUAAGAUUUGAGAUCACUAGCGAUGAUGGUUUCAGUGCAGAGGCAGACAGUAUUGAGGUGGCUUGGAAAGCAGUGAUAGACGGGGUGCAGGAGGCACGAGCUAUUGCCAGGUUGAGACCUCUGACCUUUCAGAGGAUCACUGGUCCCCGUAUGAUGGGUCUGGUCCAUGAUGCUGUGGUGUUCUUGCUGGAGCAACUUGAAGGAGCCCACCGCUGCCAACGUCAUGCCUUCCGUUUCUUCAAACAGUGCACGCAGGAUGACGACCUCCCUGUCAAUCCCAGUGGUUGUGCCCGCUCUGAGCUGUACCUUAGGAAGUCCACAUUUGACAUGUUUAACUUCCUGGCUUCUCAGCAUAGACAGCUUCCUGACAUUGGACCUUAUGACGAUGAGGAAGACGAGGUUCUUUUGAAGUCCACAAGGCGGGCCACUAGCUUGGAGUUGCCCAUGGCUAUGCGUUUCAGACAUCUGGAAAGGACAUCCAAGGAGGCUGUAGGCGUGUACAGGUCUGCUAUCCAUGGCCGCGGUCUGUUCUGCAAGAGGAACAUCGAAGCAGGGGAGAUGGUUAUUGAAUACGCCGGCAUCGUCAUCCGCUCAGUGCUCACUGACAAAAGGGAGAAGUACUACGACGGCAAGGGCAUCGGCUGUUACAUGUUCCGCAUUGAUGACUUUGAUGUGGUGGAUGCAACCAUGCAUGGCAACGCAGCCAGAUUCAUCAACCACUCCUGCGAACCGAACUGCUACUCUCGAGUGAUCAACGUGGAAGGCCGGAAGCACAUCGUCAUCUUUGCUCUUCGGAAGAUCUACAGGGGGGAGGAGCUCACCUAUGACUAUAAGUUUCCCAUUGAAGACGCCAGCAGCAAACUCAACUGUAACUGUGGGGCCCGGCGAUGUCGGCGUUUCCUCAACUGAGACAUCCCUCGAUUGAAAAGGGGAGGAUCCUGUUUACUUGUAAGCCUUAAAUUAAGGUGGAUUGGGCUCGGGGAGGCAGCAGGCUGUCUGCACAGAAGGGGAAUUAGCCACUAUGAGACCAGCUGAGAAUAUUCGGCUGGUCAGAAGUGAUUUAUGUGGACAUUUUUAUGGAUCGUAGAGGAAGAAGAGCCUUGAAUCUGCACAGAAAGUUCAUACCAGGCAAGUUUAAGUUUCCUAUCUUGUCUGUGAAAGAGUUUAGAUGUACAACUACCACAGCAACAUCGCCACAAAGUAAAUAUUGUUGAGGAAGUGGUUUUGGUUUCAGUGAAAACAGAGACUUUAAAACCAUAGGGGGGUUCCUGGAUCCGUAUGAAUGAAACCAACAGAAUUUCUUUGAAACACACGUCAAGCCUUAUCUGUUUGAAUCAUUGCUGAAAACCUAUAGCUAGGCUCUGAGAGAUUCCUUAUAUGUUUUAUUCGUUUCUGGGGGGGGGGGUACAUCUGUCUAUAGUACACAUGUAAUCAUGAUCGCUCCAUCCUCCAGUGAUGGGAACAUUAUCGCCCAUCCGUGCAGUGGUGAAGUCAGUUCUUGAGCCAUACAUUCACCCAAACCUUUGUGUGUUUUAUCUUACAUUUUUCACUUCUCGCGUUGUCAAUAUUUUUUUUCUUUCUAGACUUAUUUUUUUCCAGGAAUAACAAAACAACCAUGGUGCUAAGCUUUGAAAGGUCUUUAACGUCUUUAGUUGGACAAAGAUGUCCUGCAAAUCAGGAAUGUGUUUAGCUGUUUAUUCACCCUGCUGAGACCAUUAAUCUUAAAUUUAUGCACUCAAGCAGUACUCUUAUCUUCAUUGGAAUGUAAAGUGUCUGCUACGUUUCACACUUUUAGACCAUUGGUGUGGUAUUUGUCACCUAUUUUCUUCCUGUGUUGACUUAAAAAUAGCAACGUUACCAGUUUGAGUCAGUAACAUAGUGUCAUAUUUAUAAAGACAGAAAUGUGUCUUUGA